AUGAGUAGCCCACGCCGAAGAAUCGAGACCGAUGAUGUGCGACUUGCAAGCCAACUGCCUUCCUCCUCUCGUACUGACAGUUACAGGUUGAUGAGUGACUACGAGGUCACUUUGGUUAAUGACAACACUCCGUUCGAGGGCGGUGUCUGGAAGGUUCACGUCGAGCUCCCCGAUCAAUACCCGUACAAGUCGCCGAGUAUCGGAUUCGUUAACCGCAUUUUCCACCCCAACAUCGACGAGCUGUCGGGUUCCGUCUGCUUGGAUGUCAUCAACCAGACCUGGUCGCCCAUGUUCGAUAUGAUCAACAUCUUCGAGGUCUUCCUGCCUCAGCUCUUGCGAUACCCGAACCCGACCGACCCUCUGAACGGCGAGGCGGCCGCCUUGAUGAUCAGAGAACCCAAGAGCUACGACGCCAAGGUCAAGGAGUAUGUGACAAAGUACGCGAGCAAAGACGCCGCCGACGACAACGGUGCCGAAACCGAAGAGGACGAUGACAUGUCGUCCGUCGGGAGCUUCGGAGAUGAUGACGAGGAGCCCGCCGGUCGCCUGGAUGACGUAUGA